UUUAUACAUAUUUUCCACGUGUUUUUGUUGUUGUUAUGUUUAAGCUUUUGUGAGACAGAAGGAGGAGCAGCUGGUUCGUUCUGUUUGUUUUUAGCUCAUUUUAUUCAUGUUGUUUUUAUCAAAUAUCCUUUAUUUUCUGUCUAUUAAUGUUAGGAACUUUAUGCACAGAGAUCCUGAGAUGUGUUUAACGCUGUAAUACAUGGCACAGACUGCUGAAGAGCGGACAGGAGCAGGAGAAUAGGUUUUUAUUGAUUAUUUUUGAUAAGAAAGAAGAGCAAGAUGCCUCCAGCUGCAGACUGGACCUUCCUGAUGAGGGUCGACCCUGACAAUCUGGGAGAGGACGAGGACAGGAUCUGUGAUAUGCUUUUAGAGAUUUACCCGAAAGAUCUGAAGGAGAACGAGUCAAAGAAAGUAAUGCAGCUGUUUAGAAUCUCACAGACCUUACUUAAGCUGAAGAUGGAGGAAGCGAUAUACGCCGGCGAGAUCGUGGAAAAGGCCGGCGCCGACCAAGCGAGAAUGGAAUUACAGCUGAAAGAGAAGAUAGCGGCGCUACAGGCAGACCUGGAGGUCGCCCAGCGUCUCACGGGGGGCAGAGACACACGUUUCCUUCGGGAUGAAAUCCGCCAGAUGGAGCGACAGUUGGAGCAGAAGGAUAACAAGCUGCUCGAGCAGGAGAAGGACAUGGACAGAGAAAAGAAAAACAACGAGAAGCUGUCACGCAGAGCAGAGGAAGCUGAGGACGAAAACCGAAGGCUCAAAAGAGAGAUAAAGAAGCUUAAGAAGAAGAAUGAGCAGCUCCAGCAUGAUGUCGAGUUCUACAGGAAGGAGCUUGAGCAGAAGGACUCGCACCAGAGCCGAGACGAGAGGGCCGAGGCGCAGAAGAAACUCAGCAAAGCCAACCAGCAGGCAGACCAGUACUGGGAGAACUGGCAGCGCUCAGAGGACGAGAACUCGCACCUGAAGAGCGAGCUGGAGAAACUGCAGAAGAACCUGGAGGAGUCGGUGAGAGAGAUGGAGAAGAUGACGGACGAGUACAACAGGAUGAAGAUGGCUGUGCAGCAGGCCGACGGGGUCAUGGACCAGCUGAGGAGAGAGAGAGACCAGGCCGUGCUGCAGGUGAGAGAACUGACGCAGCAAAUUCAGGCCCGAGCUGAGGAGGACGAUCCAGUGAUGGCUGCAGUUAAUGCUAAAGUGGAGGAGUGGCGGAGUGUGUUAUCAGGGAAAGAUGCUGAAAUUCUGGAGUACCAGCAGAUGAUCCGGGACCUGAGAGAGAAGCUAAGAGCGGCUCAGAUGGAUUCGGACAAAAGCAACAUCAUUGCUCUGCAGCAGAUCGUUUACGAGCUGUGUUCUGCGGUGCAAGAGCGGGACCAGCAGAUCAAGCUGCUGUCUGAGCGAGUGGACCAGUACACGGGCGAGAUGGAGAAGAAUGCCUUGCUCAUCGAGGAGCUCAAGAAGCCACUUAAAAGGGAUAAAGGUCCCUGCUCAAACCCGCAGCAGAGGAAACUGGACGAUCUGAGCGCCAAACUGCAGGCCGCGGAGAAGAGGGCGGAGCAAGCCGAACGCUCCGCCCAUCUGGCCGAGUCUGACGCACACCACAAAGACCAGGAGCUGAGUGAAACCCUGAGCCGCAUCCGGCUGUACGAGUCCGGCACCGACGGGCUGGUAGCCGCAGUAGCCGAGAUCAAAGAAACCAAAAACCAGGUCAGAAUCCGUGACCGAGAGAUAGAAACCAUGACCAAGGAAAUAAACCAACUGGAGCUGAAGAUCAACGACCUUCUGGACGAGAACGAGGAGCUCAGAGGGCGCCUGGGUUUAAAUCAGAAAGAAGAAGUGGAUUUGACCGAGUUCAGGAGAUCAAAGGUGUUAAAACAAAGGCAGUACAGAGCGGAGAACCAGGUUCUGCUAAAGGAGAUUGAACGUCUCGAGGAGGAGAGGAUGGAGCUCAAGCAGCGUAUCCGUGACCUGGUGAAGGACAAGGGUAUCACGGUAAUCAGUAGCUCACUGCUGGAUGAUGAAACCAUAGUGGAACCCAGAAGGUCCAUCGGGGAGAGAUCGACCCUCAGAGCAGCCGAUGAAGACGACGUCAAACGAAAGAAUGACUUCCUGCAGAAGGAACUGAUGAGCAGAGAGAAAGAUCUGGAGAUGAAGAGAGCAGAAUCCUUGCAGUUCAAAGCCAAGCUGAAUGAGAUGCUGAAGGAGAACCAGCAGCUGGAGCAGGGCAUGAAGGAGAUCCUGCAGGCCAUCCAGGAGGCGCAGAGCAAAGCUCCUAAUCAGACGGCCAUCAGCGCGCCCAGUCUGGAGAGACUCGUCAGGGUCUUGGAGAUAAAACACUCGGAGGGCAAGGUUGAUGUAAUUACCCAUCUGAGAGCACAGCUGGAUCAGCUGACCGGCAGAAACGAGGAACUGAGGCAGGAGAUGAAGGCAGCUCGAGAAGAGGCAGCCAACACACUGACUCAGCUAAUGAAAGCUAACGAAAAGGUCGCACAUUUCGCCAGUGAGGUUGAGGCUUUAAGGCAAUCAGCAGGCACUCCUGUAGCUCCUAAACCUCUCCUGCUGCCUGAAGAGAUGACACCAACCAGCGUGCAAGCCAUCAAUUCGCUUAACGAGUACCUGAUCCAGCUGUUACAGGAGAUUAAAAAUAAAGAAGAGUCAAGCAAGCAGCAAGGUCUGGCUUUGGAAGAGUACAAGAGGAAAUUCGCCGUCAUGCGACAUCAACAGGGACUGCUCUACCAAGAGUACCAAAGUGAAAAAGAGGCCUGGAGAAAGGAGAAAAGCGGCUUUGCAGAGUUGAAAUCCAGAAUGGAGGAGCAGAAGGAGCUGGAUGCAGUGAAAAUCCAAGAGUAUAACUUCUGGCUGGAGGCUUUGCAGCAGGAUCCGGCUGAGAUCAGGAGGCAAGUGGCCGAGGCGUCCCGUAAGAUGACGUUACUGCGGGUGAACGAGAGGUCCCUGACGCGCCGCUUCACCACCCUGAUGGAGCAGGAGCAGCACCUGAGGAAGGAGAACAACAAGCUGAAGGACGACUCCGUGCAGAUGGAAGCUGCCGUUACAGAGAGAAUCGGCUACCUCCAGAGAUUUAAGGAGAUGGCGGCGUUUAAAAUGGCGGCCCUCCAGAAAGUUCUCGACGACAGCGUCCCGUCUUCAGAGCUGGACAGAGCGAACAAGCAGUACGCCGAGCUCACGAUGAAAUACAGAGACCUGCUCCAGAAAGACAACCGCCUCGUUCAGAGAACCACCACGCUGGAGCAUUUGGAGGGUGAGAACGCGUCUCUCCGUGAGCACAUCGGGUCCAUCAACAAGGAGCUGGAGAUCACGAAGGAGAAGCUGCACACGCUAGAGCAGGCCUGGGAACACAUGAACACAGCGGGAGAGAGCGGUACGGAUAAGGCCGCGAAAGCUCUAGCGAACUCCGAGAUCGUGUCCAUCUCUAAGCGCAUCACAACCCUGGAGAUGAAGGAGCUGAACGAGAGGCAACGAGCCGAGCACGCUCAGAAGAUGUACGAGCACAUGAGGAGCUCCCUCAAACAGGUGGAGGAGCGGAACUUCGAGCUCGAGGCCAAGUUCACGGAGAUGGCAAAGCAGAAUCUGGAGGCACAGCGGAUCGAGCGCGAGCUGCGAGACGAGCUGGCCGACAGCGUCAGCAAGGAAGUGAGCGACGCCGACCGACGCCGCGUCGCCGAACUGGAGAAGAGCGAAGCCCAGCUCAGGGUAGAGGUGUCUCAGUUGCGUGAGGUUUCAGACGUCGCAAAAAUGCAGGUGUUCGCUCUGGAAGCCAGGCAGCAGUCCCGGGAAAAGGAGGUGGAGUGUCUCCGGAGGCAGGUGCUUGAUUAUCAGUCUCAGAGUGACGAGAAGGCCCUGAUCGCCAAGCUCCAUCAACACAUCGUGGCUCUGCAGCUGAGCGAGACGGCAGCCGUCAGCAGGAUGGAGGCCUACACCGACCGCUUUCAGCGCCUGGAGGCUCAGAGGCUGCGGGCGGAGCAGCAGCUGGACGCCCAGCAGCAGGCGCUCUGGCAGGCGAGGCAGGAGGGGCGACAACGCGCUCGGCACCUCCGGCAGGCCUUACACGCCCUGCGCAGACGGUUCUCCGGAGCGCUGCCUCUCAGCCAGCAGGAGAAGUUCUCCAGCACCAUGCUGCAGCUGCAGGAGGACAGGACCAGGGCGCGGGAGGAGGCGCGCCGGGCGCAGGAGGAGCGCAGAGCAGCCGAGGGGAAGGCGCAGGAGCUGGAGCUCCGACUGAAGGGUCUGGAGGAGCUCACGGCCACGCUGAAGGACGUUAAAGGCGCUCAGAAGGUGAGCGAGUGGCAUAAGAAGCUGGAAGAGGCUCGUCUGCAGGAGCUGAGGAAGAACAGGGAGCUGGUGGCUCAGCGUGAGGAGAUCAAGUAUCUGAAAAACAUGGUGGCCGAGCAGGAGAGCUCCAUCAGCAGAUUGGAGGAGGAACUGGUGCAGCAGAACAACCUGUUGGAGGAGCAGCAGCUCUCGUGGGAUCAGAGAGAGGUAGAGUUGGAGCGACAGCUGGACGUUUAUGAGAAACAGCAGAACCAAAUCAUCGGAUCCGCUCAGAAGUUUGAAGAAGCCACGGGUUCUCUGCCAGACCCACAUCAGCCAUUGGCUCAUCAGCUGGACCAUGCUCUGAGCAAAAUAAAGGAGCACGUUCGCACCAUUCUGGAGACUCAAGCCUCCUGCAGAACUCUGGAGGAGAAGCUGAAGGAAAAGGAGGCGGCGCUGUGGCAGGCCGAGCAGAACGUCCUGUCGCGCGAUCGAGUCAUCAACGAGCUCCGCCUCCGUCUCCCGGCCGCCGCCGACAGGGAAAAGCUCCUCGCCGACCUGAGCAGGCAGGACGACACAAGCAGCCAGCACGCGGUGAAGAUCGCUCACCAGACCAUCAGCAACCUGCAGUGUCUUCUCGACCAGAAAGAGGAGGUCCUUAAGAAGUACCAGAACCUCCUGGCCAAGGCUAGACAGGAACAGGAAGAAGCAGUAAAAAAGCACGAGGAGCAAGUGAGGAACCUGCACCAGCAGCUGGACCUUCACACAGACUCGUCCCUGGACCGCUUCAGACAGACGACCCUGGAGCUGAUGAAGAAACCCACCCUGAACAUCCCGACCACGAAGCAGAUGGAGCGUCUAGCUGAAAUGGAGCAGAUAGUGGCGGAGCAGGACACGUCUCUGUCAUCACUAACGCACAGCCUGAAGGUGCUGAGAUCCGAGCUGGAGACACAGAGACACGUCACAGCUUCUCAGGCCAAAGAGCACGCUGCGCAAACGGCGAAGCUGGAGGAAAGGCACGCAUCGCAGAUGAAGGCCGUGUCUAAGGAAUCCGAGGAGCUGAGGUCGCAGCUGUCGCAGAUGGAGAAAGAGCUGCAGUACCUCAGCACCGAGCUGGAGGCGCAGAAAGAAGCCAACGUUCGCUCGCCAAGCAACACCAUGAAGAACCUGGUUGAGCGUCUGAAGGCCCAGCUGGCCCUCAAAGAGAAGCAGCUCAAGGCACUGAGUAAAGCCAUGCUCGAGUUUCGGGCACAGAUGAUGUCACAGGCCGAGCAGCAGGUCAUCGCCAACGCGGCCCAGAAAGAGGAGGAGCUCAACGUUCAGCAGAUUGUCGACAAGCAAACCAAAGAGCUUAAGGCCCGCGUCAAGGAUCUGAGCGACGAGCUGCAGAGCUGGAAGGAGAACGUGAAAUCAUGCAAAGCCCGAGAGAACUCUCUGAAGCAGGAGAUGGAGAGCCUAAGGCGUGAGCUCCAGAGGAGCCAGAAGCUCCAGAGCAAACUGCAAAUCGAGAAAGACGAUCAGGAAGAACAGCUGGACGAGCUGAAGCAGAAGGUGAAGAGACUCAGCAGCAGUUUACAGGCUCAGACUGAAGAUGAAGUUAAAGGGCCUUUAGUAGAGGCUUUACAGAAGAAGAUACGCAGGCUGGAGUCAGAACUGGACAAGAAAAGCAUGUCUGUGUCGGAGCCAGUGGAGAAAAAAACAGUGGUAAAGGAUGACAAGCCUAAUAAAGAAGAACUAGUGAGGUGGGAAGAGGGUAAGAAGUGGCAGGCGAGGAUGGAGAAAAUCCGCAAUCUUUUAAAAGACAAAGAGAAAGAGACGGAAUCUCUUUCCAAACAGCUGACCACCCUGAAGGAGCUCUACGGAAGGCUGGAACAGGAGAAGCUGGGCCUGCAGAGAAAGCUGAAGAGUCGAGGCGUGACGGUGGAUCAGGUGGUGGGCACGCGGGCCACCCUCGAGGCUGACAAGGAGAUCGAGGAGCUGAAGAAUAGGAACCGUGAGCUGGAGCAACAGAUCGAGAUCGUAAAGCAGCAGCAGGCUUUACCUCGGGACGCUGCGAUGGAGGACAUGAACACCAGGAACCGCUACCUAGAGGAACGACUUCACUCUCUGGAAAGCCAGCUUGCAAAAGAGCCCUUGUCCAGGCCAUCAGAUAAAGCCAUGGUUUCGUCUUCUACCGUGUCUCUUUUAUUUCCUAAACCCCAUCUCUCUAUGACUUUUGAGGUCACAAAUGACAUUGAAGAUGAAAAAGCACAGCUUUCCACAUCAAGCAAAGACCAAAGAUCCUAUCAGGAUGGAGAUCACAAAGAUACGUUGACUAAAACCCAGACUGAAACUGAUACAGUAUGUGAAGAAGGUGGACAUCAUGCAAUGGAAGAUACAUCCAUCGGUGGUCAGGAAUUUGAUUUAGGAAACAAGCCUGAACAGGAAACGCCGCCCAAGAGUCAAGAUUCAGGAGAAGUGACAGAAGGAAAGGACGAGCUCCAUGAAGGGGAGGUGGAAAUCAGCAAAAUGGCGUCUGUAACUUCUCAGACAAAGCUAGGACUGUUUGAUGGAUCAAAGGUCACCUUGAAAGAACACGAGGAACCAAAUGAACAAGAAUGUGAGGAGAAGGAUCAGCAAAAUGAGGGAGCAGACAAAGAACCAGCGUCUCCUAGAGAUAAGUCUGAGCUGACUGAUCAGGAAAAAAGUAAGGAUGGAGAGACAUCUAAAGAAGAGAAAGUUCUCCUGAAACUAAGUGCCAAACACCAUGAGCUUGGACAGUUGGCAUCACCAUCUUCUACAGCAGAUAAGAAUGAACAGGAGAGACAAGACGAGACGUCUGGCCGGGGCUCGGCAGGGACGCCGACACAGAGGGAGCACGACCUGCAGAAAGAGAACCUCAAGCUCUCCAGCGAGAACCUGGAGCUGCGCUUUCAGCUGGAGCAGGCUAACAAAGACCUGCCACGACUGAGGGCUCAGGUAUCUGACCUGAAAGAAAUGUGCGAUGCUCUGAAAAAGGAGAAAGUGGAGGUGGAAAAGAAGCUGGGGAAUGUCCGUGGGCCAGCGCAGACCAUACGAGGCGGAAAGAGCGUCCCUGAGCUGGAGAAGACCAUCACACUGAUGAAGAAGGUGGUGGAGCGGGUGCAGCGUGAGAACGAGACUCUGAAAAAGAGCUCGGGGACAGCGAUCCAAGAGCAGCUCACCGCUCUACAACACGAGCACCAGCAACUCAAGGCUGAAUACAACAGGAUGAAGGAGAGGAAUCAGCUGAUGUCCAAACUCGAGUCACAGGCUAAAGGAAUGGAGAAAAUAGCGAUGGAGAACGAGCGGCUGCGCAGGGACAUCAGAAAGGAAUCAGAGGCUGCGGAGAAGCUGCGAGUAGAGAAAAGCAGCCUGGAGGUAAGAAAUGAAAAGCUGAAGCUGGAGCUCAAAGAUACCAACCAGAAGCUCCUGCUGGCUCAAUCGAAGGGUCCACCUAUAGACGGCGCCGACAGCAAGGCCUGGAAAUCCAAAGUUGUGGCGAGGUUGUUUGAAAAUAAAAUGAAAGCGCUCGAGAACGAACUCUCCAAGAAGAACACGAGUCUCUCGGAGCUCAAAGUGCAGCUCGCAGAAUCUCACGAGAGAGAGCAGACAUCACGGCAAACCGUCACACAGCUGAAGGAACAAGUGGAGCUUCUGAAAAAUCUUCCCAGUGAUGAUCUCGCUAAGGAGUUUAAGUCAGUAAGGUUGGCGAACCACCAGCUGGAGAAGGAGAAGCUUCGCCUAAAUGAGAGGAUCCAGAAAUAUGAAAAGCAGUUCGGAUCCCAUCUGGACGGACCAGGAUACACAGAACUCCAGGCGCAAAUCGAGGCAUCAAGUGCUGAGAAGAGCCAGCUGCAGGAUGAGAUCAAAAGGAUGACCAAAGAGCUGUCCAACUUCGACCCGACGUUCUUCGAGGAACUUGAAGAUCUCAAGUUCAAUUAUAACGUAGAGGUAAAGAAGAACAUCAUCCUGGAGGAGCAGCUGAAAAAACUGUCUGAGCGCUUCGGUGUAGAAGUGGACAUCCCGACUGACAGGUCGCUGAGUUAACACACACACACACACACACACAUUCAAGAGCUAGUGAUGUAAAGGUGUCCAUGAGCUCUGGUAAAACUGAACCGAAGGACGAGUUUCAUCAGACUUGAACGUGUGUCUACAUUCUGUACAAGGUGUGUUCAAGUCAAACCGAGAC